UCUGCGCGCAGUUUCUUCCUCUUUCUGAUCGCUGCAGUUGACAAGGGGAGUGGAGUGGACUGAGGCGGAAAAAAAAAGUUAUGUCAUAAAAAUAUAAAACGGUGCUGUGACUCACCUGCUCUUAGCCGCAGGUGCGAGCGUCUUUGUGCGGCGGACAAAUGGGGAGAGGACGAGGAGGUGGGCACUCCGGCGACGUAAGAUCCACAUCAGCUCAACUGCACUCGCUUCGCACAGGCCGCCCGCUCACUUCCCGCGGAGGCGCUGCCGGGCGCCGCGCUCCGCGGCCGCCUCCUGUCCCCGGCGCUGCCCCCUCCCGCCGCGCCGCGCCGCCGCCGCCGCGCACGCCGCGCCCCGCAGCGCCGGGCUUCCUCCUCGCCCGGGUGGCGCUGGGCCCUCGAGCGCUCCGGUGACCGCAGCGGCUCCGCGCCCCUCCCCCGCCCCGAGCAGCGCACCCGCCCGUCGCUCCGCACAGGGUUGGAUGGUUGUGUCGGCCGGGCUGGCUCCAGGAUGUUAGGGACUGUGAAGAUGGAAGGGCAUGAGAGCAACGACUGGAACAGCUACUACGCGGACACGCAGGAGGCCUACUCCUCUGUCCCUGUCAGCAACAUGAACUCCGGCCUGGGCUCUAUGAACUCCAUGAACACCUACAUGACCAUGAACACCAUGACCACGAGCGGCAACAUGACCCCGGCUUCCUUCAACAUGUCCUACGCCAACACGGGCUUAGGGGCCGGCCUGAGUCCCGGUGCUGUGGCUGGCAUGCCAGGGGCCUCUGCAGGCGCCAUGAACAGCAUGACUGCGGCGGGCGUCACGGCCAUGGGUACGGCGCUGAGCCCGGGAGGCAUGGGCUCCAUGGGCGCGCAGCCCGCCACCUCCAUGAACGGCCUGGGUCCCUACGCCGCCGCCAUGAACCCGUGCAUGAGUCCCAUGGCGUACGCGCCGUCCAACCUGGGCCGCAGCCGCGCGGGGGGCGGCGGCGACGCCAAGACAUUCAAGCGCAGCUACCCUCACGCCAAGCCGCCUUACUCCUACAUCUCGCUCAUCACGAUGGCCAUCCAGCAGGCGCCCAGCAAGAUGCUCACGCUGAGCGAGAUCUACCAGUGGAUCAUGGACCUCUUCCCCUAUUACCGCCAGAACCAGCAGCGCUGGCAGAACUCCAUCCGCCACUCGCUGUCCUUCAACGAUUGUUUCGUCAAGGUGGCACGAUCCCCGGACAAGCCAGGCAAGGGCUCCUACUGGACGCUGCACCCGGACUCCGGCAACAUGUUCGAGAACGGCUGCUACUUGCGCCGCCAAAAGCGCUUCAAGUGUGAGAAGCAGCCGGGGGCCGGAGGUGGGAGUGGGGGCGGCGGCUCCAAAGGGGGCCCAGAAAGUCGCAAGGACCCCUCAGGCCCGGGGAACCCCAGCGCCGAGUCACCCCUUCACCGGGGUGUGCACGGAAAGGCUAGCCAGCUAGAGGGCGCGCCGGCCCCAGGGCCCGCCGCCAGCCCCCAGACUCUGGACCACAGCGGGGCCACGGCGACAGGGGGCGCUUCGGAGUUGAAGUCUCCAGCGUCUUCAUCUGCGCCCCCCAUAAGCUCCGGGCCAGGGGCGCUAGCAUCUGUACCCCCCUCUCACCCGGCUCACGGCCUGGCACCCCACGAAUCUCAGCUGCAUCUGAAAGGGGAUCCCCACUACUCCUUUAAUCACCCCUUCUCCAUCAACAACCUCAUGUCCUCCUCCGAGCAACAGCACAAGCUGGACUUCAAGGCAUACGAGCAGGCGCUGCAGUACUCUCCUUAUGGCGCUACCUUGCCCGCCAGUCUGCCCCUUGGCAGCGCCUCAGUGGCCACGAGGAGCCCCAUCGAGCCCUCAGCCCUGGAGCCAGCCUACUACCAAGGUGUGUAUUCCAGACCCGUGCUAAAUACUUCCUAGCUCCCAGAACUGAGGGUUUUGUCUGCAUGGCCAACCUGGUAGCAGGAGAGAAAAACCAACAGCAAACAAACAAAACCACACACACACACACAGACACACACACACCAAACCAACCACAUAAUAAAAUUCCAAAUAGUUUUAUUUUUCACGCACAAUUUUCCCCAGUUCAAAGGACUGUUACUUUAUUAUUGUAUUCAACACUCAUUGUGUGUAUUACCACAAAUACUACCGACUCCAUACCAACACUUUUUUUUUUCUGGCAACAUUUAAUGAUCCACAAAUGUAUAUAUAGAAAAUCUUCCUCCCCUUUCUCCCUUUCACUCCUUCCCCUGCGGACACAUUCUAGUUCCUGCAGGGCUUAUUUAAAAAGAAGAUGGUCAAGUUUGUAAAAUAUUUGUUCGUGCUCUUUUUGUUGUUGUUGUUGUUGUUAGGCCCACCACACGAGUUUACAGGUCUGUGGCAAUACUCUUAACUCAGUAAAGAUGGAAGUGGUAAAGAAACCAAGUAGACAGUAGGGGCUCUUGAGAGUAUUGAAAGGCAGUGCUGCCUUUAUGCAGGAAGGUAUAAACCGGUUAUGCACAUUGGAGCCCUUUGCUUUCACCUUACAUUCUGGAUGCAUUCAGAUCUCGGACGUCCUUAAGUGAAAUGAAUAUACAUGUCUAUGGACUUAAUAUCAUGCCCAGAUAUGAAGACCUCGUUCAACUUUGCAUAACACGUAGAGGUAAUAGCUAGGUGAUAGACAUUUUCAAAAAUUGCCUGACUGGCCAAGUUACAAGGAUGCCUCUCCACACUUGUCCUCUCUACCCACCUACGCUGGAAAUCCAGUUCUUCAGGAACUGCCUUCCUCCCUAAUUCUGCUCUUGCUUUUCAGAGAGCCAUCAUGGUCAUGUCAUGCUGAGGUCACAUGUAUAAAAUUAGCUUUUGUGUAUGUAUACCGUUUAAAGGAUUCCCCCACCCCCACUCCAGGGGGAAAAAAGGAAGUAUCAUACUAUUGAGAGAGAAGUUAUAAGAAAUGCAUUUCAAAAUUUGGUCCCGAAUUCCAAAAUCCCAAUUGUGGCCAUUUUAGUUCUUGCCAUCCUAUUCUUGGCUCAUCCAGUGUUAAUGCACUUUCCACAGUUGGACGUGGUGUUAGUUUUAGACAAACGGGUUUCAUUAUUAUUCCUCUUUGCCUUCUCAAUGUUAAUUUAUUGCAUGGUUUACUCCUUUUCUUUACAGCCGAAAUUGCUUUAAGUGAUGGUUAAAUUGACAAAUUAAGAUGUUAAUUUUUAUCGAUGUGAUUUGUAAUUAAGAUAUUUUGAUUUCAAUAACAAAAAUAAUACAAGAGUUUAAUCUGUGGAUUAUGUUCCUGAUCAUUUGCAGUUAAGGAAUUUAAAUAAAUCACAUGUUAACGACAAAGAAUUUCUGUUUUUCUCUUUCACUUAAAAUCCAAACUAGAUCUUUAAUUAGAAUCCAAAAUAGGUCUUCUGAAUGGUAUAUUUUUCAAAUUCUGAAAUUUCAUAUCAAGGAAAAACAGGGAUAUAAUUAAAAUAAAAUGAGUGCAUUUACAACUUGAAUGUGUAACUAAUAAAACGUGGCAAAGGGGGAUUCAAUUAAACCAGAUAGGCAUCCUGACACUAUUCCAAGAACUAAGUUUUUUUUUUUUUUUUAAUUAUUACCGGUAAUGUUUACUUGAGAGUCUUUUUCUUUGGGUGUGUGUGUGGGGGGGUAAGCCUUCUGUGCCUCUUUUUAGUCUUUUUUUCCCCGUGGUUUGAAAUUAAAUGAUCAAUUCUCUAUUUCUUCUAAUUCAAGAAGUAUUUGAAUAAGAAUGAAAUAGCAACUGUGUCUGCUAAAAUUAAGUUGUCUACCACAGACUCUGAACCCUCACAUUAACAGGGAAACAAAACUUAGCUAUCAUAGAGGGUUUGGAGGGUGGGGAGGAGGGCAGUUCAUUCAUUCCUGCCGAGGCAAGCUUUGUGAGUAUUUCAGGGUAGCUGCUGUUUUGUGUUUUGUGAAGAUAUUUUUAAAAUAUUGUUUCUAAGAAGUUAAAGCUGACGGCUUGUUUGCCUUGUAAGAAGCUUUGAAAUGCAGCUUCACACCCCGUAGUUGCUUGAGAUCACAAAAUCAUUAAUCUCCUUUGAUAGUAGGCUCACUUUCCAGUCCACCUAUUUCUUUGUAAGGCUUGUUCGGAUUGACACCAACAAUAACAGGCACAAGCCAAAGCAGAGGCCGGCCUGCCUGAGCCCUCGGGUGUGAACUCCAUCCUCACCAGGGCUUGAACUUGGGCAGCCUGUACUGUGAUCACAGCUCUCCACACUACAGACAAGAUAAAAAGAGCCCUGCCAGUCGCUUAAUUAUCGCGUAAUUACCUCCCCAGAUGAGAGAAGGGGUGCCACGUAGCCACUUGAGAAAAAUCCAGCAAUCCCUGCUUUGCUCUCUGCGACUAAUGAAAGGAGGAAAGAGAAAUUGCUGGCGUGAGUAAUUUCAAAACUCAAUUCCGAGUCCUCUAAAGGACACCAAGCGUAUCCCAAAGACGGAAAAGGUUUCGAUCUCAACAGUUACACAUACAGCGGGUAAAUAAAUGCCAGCAAAUUCAAACUCUUAUGUAAUACAAAAGCGUGAUCUUCGGCCUUUGCUUUUCUCAUGUUGUCCCGAAACGAAAGUCUAACUUCGGGUGCAGUUCCUUUCUCCUCCAGGUUUGUGCAGGUCUUAGUUCUUGAUCCUUGACUCUUCCUGGAGUUUUCUGAGUUUGAAGAGGCGAGGUGCCUGUGGUCCAAGCCGCCCUAAGGACAGGGGAUGCAGGAUGCUGGAAGCCAGAGCGGCGAGUCCUGCUUGGCUCACAGGCGCCUGCGGGCUGUGCUCCCGCCCCGUGGGCUUCGCACCGGGUUCUGCGUCUACGCUCUCUGUGCCACCUCGGGACAAGGCGCGCCUAUAGAUGCACGCAGGCUGGGGGCCCCGGACAGAUGGUUGCCGGGGCAGAAGGGGUAGAGCGGACCGCGCAAGCAUCCCGAGGUGACAAAUGCAGUUAGUUCUUCAUUGUUUGGGCAUUUUCCCCUCCUAGCGAAUAAAUCUUCUGUUGAGCUACA